AUGAGUCGGUCGGUGCGGCGUCUGCCCCCAGCGGUAGGCGCCGCUCUGGCAGGGGCAAGGGAGGCAAGGGAGCGGGUGGAGCUAGCGGGGGCGGUGGCGGAGGAGGUUGGGGCAGCGGGGGGAGUGGGGGUGGCGGUGGGGGUGGAGCCGGGAGUGGAGGUACUGGUGGCGGCAGUGGAGGCGGAGGUGGCAGCGGAGGUGGUGACGGAGGUGGCAGUGGGAGCGGCGGGGGCGAGGGUAGCGGUGGCGGCGGAGGCGGAGGUGGCGGUGGUGGAGGUGGUCGGAGAGGCUCGUCCCAGCAGGGCAGCACUGGGGGUGGUCAGCGCCAGCAGCAGCAGCAGCAGCAGCAGCAGCGCUCUCGCGACGUCCCCGCCCCUCAGCAGCUCCGUGUGUCCCAGGUAG